CGGCGUGAUGACUCUAUCACUCGGCUAUCUGCGCAGUAUUAGCUAUUCGUGAUCAAAUCUUGGGUACGAGACGGUUUUAAUAUUUAAACGACUAUCGAUAGCGAACUUUAGAUAAAUUAUAGAUGCUAUCAAAGUACAAAUAUUUAUGCCAAAAUACAUUGCUGUAUAGUACCAAGUUAACCAAAACUUUAACAUAUACAGUACAGUGUCUUAAUCCUCAACCCGUUCCUCAAUCAUUCAAUCCCGAAAAUGCCGAGUUCAAUUCGAUUAAACUAAUUCAAUCAAAUACGUUUUCCAACUAUAAUCGGGCGAACAAUGGAAACGUACCGAUAAUUAAUUAAACUUUAAUCACGACGACGUUUACCUCCAUCUACAGUGGAAGUCACACAAAGGAUUCACGGAUUCACGGAUUCUCGACGUUCGCAAGAAUGGCUCUCGUGAAAAACCUUUGGAGGAAAUUGACACACACCAAGGCUCUCGACCAAUCAUGUGGGAAAUUUGAGACAGUUUUCUUCGAGUCCGUCUAUAGGGUGGCUUAUUUGACAGGUCUGUCCACAUCAGACCACGAUGUUCCCUACCUUCUGUACAGCAAUGCAGUGAAGUUGUCGAUAGUCCUGCUGAUCUGCGGAGAGGUGUGGUUCGGGUUCACCGAGACCUCGAGCCUGGACGAAGUGGCAGCCAGCAUUAAUGCUACGGUCAUACAGUUCAUCGCUGUGUACCGAUACAGGAAUAUGAUGGAGCACAAAGCAUUCUAUAAAGAAAUGGCGACGUCCAUGAAUUCUCCCUACUUCGAUAUUUCUACGGAGAAAAGGAGGAAACUAAUCGAUUAUUGGUCACAAAUGAACGAGACGUACUUGAAACUUCUGCUGGGUUUAGGAAAUUGUACUCUUGCUGCAUGGUUCAUCUUCCCUUUAGUAGACGAAGUGGAAUACAACCUGAUCGUUGGUAUUCGCUUACCAUUCUACUACAAGACCCCGGAGUUAUACCCUCUGGCGUACAUCAUAGUGGUGAUAGCCUUCAUGUACAUAUCACACUUCGUGAUGGUAACAGACCUGAUCAUGCAGACACAUCUGAUGCACUUGUUGUGCCAGUUUUCUGUUCUAAGUGACUGCUUCGAGAAUUUAGUUACUGAUUGCAGACCAGGGUUUGAAGAUGUACCGCAAAAUAAUUUGGUUGAUGAUCCGAAAUUUGCUGCUGUAUAUUUAAAGCGAUUGGGAGAAUUAGUGCAACAGCAUAAACGCAUUUUAAGUUAUACAAUGAAAAUGCGAAGUACCCUGAGCGGGCCGAUGUUGGGGCAGCUGGCAGCCAGUUUCACGCUCAUUUGUUUCGUUGGGUACCAGGCCACCACGACGAUAGCAGAGAGCAUAGCUAAGUGCCUGAUGAGUUUUCUCUUUUUGGGGUACAACGUUUUUGAACUUUACAUCAUCUGUCGCUGGUGCGAGGAAAUUACGAAUGAGAGCCAGAAAGUAGGUGAGGCAAUAUACUGCUCGGGGUGGGAGUGCGGCCUGGCCAAGCUGCCCGGAGUGAAGUCCACCAUCGUCUACGUGAUGGCCCGAGCUAACAAGCCCCUGUACUUCACCGCGGGGGGCAUGUAUAACCUGACACUCACCUCUUAUACCACUUUGGUGAAAACAUCGUACAGCGCUUUGACAGUGCUGCUUCGCUUCCGUCACGACUAAUCUAACUUAAAAGGCUUUCUAUCACAUGUUUAAAAAGUCAUCUACUUCUCUACACAGGCAAAAGUUUUUAGCAGACGUUAAAAUGUAUGGAAAUUACAUUUUGCUUCGCUUAGUAUUCUCCCUCGCAUACAUUCGAGAGAUUUGAUUAGCAACGACGAAAUUUUACUUUUUAGAGGUAGCCGUUGAAUUGGUCGGUUAUACCUUUCUGCACUACUUCACUACAAUAUUUGUUAGCUUUUAUUAAUGUCACGUACUUUAAGUACUUGUAAUGCACUUCUGGAGUUAUAGCAAGUAGUACAAAUAAAUAGUGUAAAAUGAAA